UUCAGAGGCCUGGUUCAUACAAGAAUCAGAUAAAGCAAGCUUUUAGAAAGCCUAUCAACAAUGGAAGAAUCAAGAAAGAGGUCUGUAUCCAAUAAUUUCUGCACGAUCAGGUACGCGGUUGUUACAGGUUCAAAUCAGGGGAUUGGAUUUGGAACAGUUAAGCAGUUGGCCUCAAAUGGGAUCAUGACAGUGUUAACAGCUUUAGAUGAGAAGAAGGGCAUUGAAGCGGUUGAAGAAUUAAAAGACUCCGGCCUCUCUGACCUUGUUGUUUAUCAUCAGCUUGAUGUAACAGACCCUGCUAGCAUUGCUUCCCUUGCCGAUUUUGUCAAAACCCGAUUUGGGAAACUAGAUAUCUUGGUAAACAAUGCAGGUGUUAGUGGAACCAUUACAGAUCCUGACGCUUUCAGAAAUGCUGUUGCAGCCGCAGGUAUGGCUAAGCUGGGAGGGACUUCUGUUACCACAUUUUCUCGGUACAACUAUGCACAAAUGUAAGAAAUAUCAUUCUGUAUUGUCGUCGACGGACGCCGGGAGGCGAGAGUAUUUGGAAGAGAACAAGCAGUGGCUUACUGGCUAUGAUAACGAGAGUGAGAAACCUACGUGAAGAAGAAAACGAGGACUCAAUCGCUGAUUAGUGAUGAAAAUGACGGAGAGGAGACUGAAAACUUAUUCCUAAUUAUUUUCAGGUGGGCUUUAACAUCAAGAUGACAACAUUUUGUUGACACUAUAUAUAGAAAUUUUUUUUUCUCCAAAAUUUUUGGGCGGACUUGAGCCCACCCCAUGAUGUAUGUAGAUCCGCCUGUGGCUGCACCUAUUGGUUGGUGCUUCUUUCCCUGAUAGCACUCAUGUAGCAUGCUUGUAUAAUUAUGGAUUUUGGCAAAGCCUGUAUAUUUAACAAAAACUUGUAUUACUUUAUCUUCAUUGACCCAGUGAUUACAAAAAUUUCUGGCUCACCAGCCAUUCGUAAACAAAGAUCUGAAGAUCAAACUAAACGAAGGUAUGAAUUUUGACUACAAGAGGGUGUGUAGCUACUAGCUACGCAGAAGACUUAUUGAAUAUUGAUUCAUUUCUAUACCUGUUAUUGUAUUACUCCUAGUCUCAAUGCAGGAGAGCAGCAACUAUAGAUUGCAAUUUAAUGUUACUUUAUGAACCUUUUUCACUCUUAUUUUUAUCACAAUAUAGAGGCAGUCACUUAAUCAGGCAUCAGACCAGAAUAUCUGCAUUUCACCCCAGUCGCUUUUCUUAAC